AUGCGGGAAACAUUUUCUUUCACUGCACUCCUUCAUUCCGACAUUAUAUACAAGGUACAUUCAGGAGAUGGAUCUACGAACAUUAACGAAACUAUGUACGAAAACCCCAGGAGAAAAUCAGAUGAGAGUUUCAUCGCAACAGGAUAUGACAAUACACUGGAGGCAGACUUUCAUCAUGAAAUGGCAGCAAGUGAAGAUGGGCGGAGAGAAUCCAAUCCCUGGGACAAUAACCUGUUGAACAACAUGAACUUGCAACAGGUGCCUGAAGAUGUUGAUCCCAGUAGAGCAGAAGUUAACACGAACUCAAGCACAGGCCGGGAUGAAGAAGGAGAUAGAGAGGAACAAGAAGACUCACUUGCACAAGAUGGAGACGAUGGAUACCUUGAUGAAGAAGACAUUGAGAAGUUCCUGCAAAAUGAACAAGAUGCAGCAUCAGAAGGGAAUCUCAUGAACACUAGCAGUAAUUUCAAGCUGCAUUUAGGCAUGCAAUUCAAAACAAAGGAAGAAGCACAGGAGUAUUUCAAUUUCUACUCAAAAGUGGCAGGCUUUUCAGUGGCUACAGUUGCAAUCUCAAGAACAACAAGCAAAAAAAGGAACAAUGAGGUGACAAGGAUCACUAUGAAGUGCAACAAGUGGGGCAAGACUAAAGAAAUAGAGAAGGACUGCAUAGUGCCCAUGAGAAAAUCUACAGUCAUUGCUAAAACAGAUUGUAAAGUCAUGAUGGUCAUAUCAGAAAAAGGAGGCUUAUGGGAGAUUACAAGACAACAGCUAGAACACAACCAUGAAUUAACACCAAAUAGUAGAUUCUUUAGGUCUCAUAAGUACAUGUCAGAUGAAGAUAAGUGCUUGAUAAGGGUUUUGAAGCACACAAACCUAGAAACAAGAAGGAUUGUUGCUGUCCUAGCUUACUUGCAAGGAGGAAUGGCUCAUCUUCCCUACACAAAAAAGCAUGUGACUAACUAUGCAGCGACAGGAAACAGAGAUAUCGCAAACUCUGACAUGAUGGAAGCAGUGCAAAUGUUCAACAAGAAGCAAACAGAAAAUCCUGGAUUUUGCUACUCGUUUGAGCUUGAUGGAGAAAAUAAAGUGAGAAGCUUAUUCUGGACAGAUGUGCGGUCAAGAAUGAUGUAUGACAUUUGUGGUGACUGCAUCAGUUUUGACACUACAUUCCUAACAAACAGAUACAACCUACCAUUUGCACCCUUUGUGGGGAUAUCCCCACAUGGCAACACAUACUUGUUUGCUUGUGCAUUCAUCGUCAAUAAGACAAAAGAAACAUUUGCUUGGUUGUUUGAACAAUUCCUGAUGGCUAUGGGAGGAAAGCAUCCUAUAUCAAUCAUUACAGACUAG